GUGAAGUGCCGUUUCCUGUCUCUCGACAUUUAUAAAGCUACCAGCUGGUCUGUGGUUAUCGCUGCCGUCAUACCCCUCUCUUCCACAUCCCCAACACGCCGGAACACAUCUUCCGGCUUUUAACGAUACCAAAGACACCAUCCGUGCGAUCGUAUUAAUAUAUAAAAUUCUCUGCCAAUAUGGUCGCUGACGCUUUGGCUUAUCAUCCUACCUUGGCGCACUACUUGCGCUUUGUUGCUACGACUGUGGGUCGUGACAAAAUCCUUCGUACGCUGCAAUACUUCUCACGCUUUUAUGCCUGGUACCUGUAUCGCACAAACCGCCCGCAGUCUUCUAUCGACCCCUACAAUGCGAUCAAGAAGCAGUUCGGUACGACAAGAAAGAUUCUGAGGAUCGGAAAGUUUGCCGAGCACCUCAAGGCAGCAGCUGUCGCUGCAGACAACAAGAGCCCCAUCGACCCUGUUCUCCGCUAUCUAGCUGUCGGUCGCCAGCUCGGUUACGCCGGAUAUCUGACUCUGGAUACUAUCACCGUUGUUGACGUUAUCGGCUUCCGGAAACUUGCUGCGGCUAAGCGCCUGCAGGAUACCGCCUAUCGGUCAUGGUUGGCUGGAUUAAUUUGCAGCGCUAUUGCUAGUGCCUACUCCCUUUGGAGACUGCGGGAGAAGGAGAGGACCCUUGACCGCACCGAAGGCGAAGGCGUCGUGGAGGCAAAGAAGCUUGAGAAGGAACGUUCCGCUGCCCGCACCCAGCUCUUCUCGGACCUAUGCGACUUGACCAUUCCUGUUUCCGGUCUGGGCCUCGCCAACCUCGACGACGGAAUUGUUGGUAUCGGAGGUACAGUCAGCAGUUUGCUAGGCGUGGUAUCUCAGUGGCGGAAGACCGCAUGAGCGGAUAAAGUCAGGGGAUUUCUGAUUGAAUUCCAUGAGGCUGACAACAGAUGGCAUUGAUCUAUCCGUUGAUGUCUACGUUGAGGGGGCGUUGUGUAUUUCUUACACUUCGUCGAACCCCAGCCUCAGAGUAAGAGUUAUGGUGUAUAGGUCUAAGUGGAUCAAA